AGAAACUCAAAAACCACGUGAGAAAAGAUGACAAGAUCUAGAUCAAGAUCGCCCCGAUGGAAACAAAGGUCCUUAUCUCCAACAUUUAGGAGUCCAGAACACCAUAGACAAAGGCAUGCUCAUAUUAACUAUGACUGUGAAUACAAAAGCUUUCGUAAGGACCCAAAGAAGUCCAUGCCUUGGAGAGCAGAAGAUGAGAAGUAUGGACAAAGCAAUUCUAGAUUUGCACCUCAUGGAAAUAACCACCAGAGAGUUUAUGAACGUAGGUCACCUUCACCAAACCUAAAAAGAAUCCUCUUGGAAGAUACUUACAGUCAUAAGCCCUACAGAACACAUUCAUCAGAAAGAACUGAAAGCAAUAGGAGAUAUCAGUUACCACCAAAAUACUCAGAAAUGCCGUAUAAAGAACAUGACCGACCAUUUUACCAGCACAAAAUAGAAGAAAGAUAUAUGUCUGAGCACUAUAAAGUCACUGGAAAUGAAAAAGGAAUGAAACCUUUUCAUAGACCAUUAGGGGCAUCGUGUAAACUUGAAAGGAAAUGGCACGAAGAUGACUUGAGGCACCAGAGAUUACAUGAGGAGAAGUAUGGUCAGUCACCCAGAAGAGUGUCUGAUGAAUUUACGGCAAGGAGCUCUUUACAGAAGAGGUAUCCUGAAGAUCACGAUUACAGAGAAUAUGGGCACACGUCUAAAAGGGCUAAAGAAAUGGAGAGGUAUGACGGUGGAGACAUAGCAAGAAAUCCCAAGUGGAAGCAAGAACGUUCUUUUGCACCCUACAAAGAAAAGGAGGAGCAGAGAAAUCCGGGUGCCCAGUCUCACCGGUCGGCCGAAAGGGAAUACUCGGAGGGGCCCGUCACAAAGAUAGCCUAUGAAUAUAGUCACAAACGCCGCCGGCAUCCAGAUGGGGAAAAGGCUUUUUCCGCUGACAGAGCUCAGAAGUAUGGAAAGCAGGAAGAGCAGAAAUACAAUUCCUCCAAGGGAGCCCGGGAUAGCAAAGAGCUAGAUUACUUUAGCAGUGGAAGAGCGAGACAGACGGAAGAAGGGCACGCUGAAGUACCUGUUAAAUACAGCUCAAAGAAGGGCUGCAAUGCGUGUGUUAACUCUUGCAAAUCGGAUGUGGAUCUGAGGUCCUUUAAUAACAAGCAGAAGGAAAGAGUAAGGAAAGAAGGGGAAAUCAGGAAAAAAGUAGAUUCCUCCAAUAGCCAGCAUGAUUCCAGUCAUACAGUUUCAGAUGCGAAAAUGUCAGAUGUCAGCUGUAGGAGGGAACGUCUGACAAUCAAAGUGGAUAUGAAGAAAAUGGUGACCAAGUACAGGAAUUCUUCUAGUCAUACUACAGAGAGACAGAUGUCACAUGAUCUGGUUGCUAUUGGCAGGAAAAAUGAAAAUUUUCAUCCAGUGUUUGAACACAUGGAAUCUGUAACACAAAAUGUUGAAAACAAUCCAUCAAGAGAAUUUACUCAGGAAAUAAUCACAAUUAUCCAUCAAGUUAAAGCAAAUUAUUUUGCAUCUUCUGACAUAACUUUACAUGAACGGUUCUCAAAACUCCAGGAUAAACCUGUUGCAAAUAUAAAUGAAGUUAAAAUACAUUUGGAUCCAGAAAUUCACAGGAGGAUUGAUAUGUCUCUAGCAGAGCUUCAGAACAAACGAGCUGUGCCAUCUGAGUCUCCACAGAACAUGAUCAGAGUUCUGGAAGAUCCAAAUGAUCUACGGCAUGAUAUAGAAAGGAGAAGAAAAGAGAGAUUGCAGAAUGAAGAUGAGAGAUUAUUUCAUGUAGAUGGCAUCACUCCCAGGAGCCAGCAAAGCUGCAGCGUUUCAAAAUUACGAAAUUCCCACAUUGAUGGCUUCCAAAAGCCUAUGAGGUUCAUUAAACCACCUUUCAGGAAAUUCAUUGGGAAACCUCACCUGAAUUCUUAUUAUUCUUCAAAACCAAAUGAUAUUUUCCCUCACAGACGAAUUAGAGGACAUCUUGAAAAUACAGGACCUAUUAGGAGAAACUUCAAGAGCAACUUUAUAGAUGGCCGCUUGCAAACCCCUUAUAGAUCGGGCUUGGUGCAGAAGGGUUUGUGCAUCCAGGCCAAGUACCAGCGGUUACGUUCCGUUGGUGUCAGGGGAUUUACCACCAAUAGAUUCCGAGAUGGAUUUUUGAGGAAAGAAAAGGGACACUUAAAUAUUGCAGCAGAAACCUGAGCUGAGCUGUGGUCCUGCAGUUGGAAUGUGCAACACGGCAAAGGGAGCAGCUAUUCGUUUUUGACAACUUUGUCAAGAAUUAAAAUAGGAUGAAUGAACUAACAGUGUAACUUUUCUUGAUGAAAUACCUUUAUUUUUCAGUAGUGGAAUGCUGCAGAACUUUUUUACAGUUUUAAUAAUUGCUUUUAAAUUACAGUAUUCAAUUGAAACACUGUAGUAUGUACUCUAGUUCCUUUUUGCAUACCAGUCUCGAGCAAAGAAAUCACUGAAGGGAAUCUUAUUUAUUACUUUUUCUCUGAGCAUGAUGUUACAGAUGGAAUGUGAGUUGUUACACACAGAGGUUUAUAUGUUGAAAGUUUAUUGCUUAUGUAAUAAAAAGGAAAAAAAAAAGUGCCUGGAUUGUUUGGUAAUAGCACAUUAGCUCAGGAUUUUCCAAGUAAUGACCUUUUAGGUUGUGCAAUAGAUCUUUCACCUCUGUUCAGUCAUUUCUGUAAGACAGUAUUUUGUAUUACUUCAUUUUUAGUUUAAUAUUAAACAUAGGUUUUGAUGUGUGUGUGUGUGUGUAUAUAUGCAUUUGUGAUUUGUUAGACCGAGACAGUUUUCAGCAUUUGAUUAAAACCAAGGCUCAUGGGCAGAGACGUAACGUACUCUAGCAGCAGCUUGGCUGCCCUGGAAGCGUGCUUGGGGUUGUUAGAGGAUUAGUUGGGCUGUACUCAAAAAUAUUCUGUCUCUGUACACUUUUCUGGGUAUGGCAUUCUUGACCAAGCCACGUCUUCGCUAAUAUUUCUGCCAGUUUUUCAUGGAUUCUGAAAAUGGAACCUGAAAUAUUUAAAUACAAGAAGCAGCAAAACCACAGGUUUUUAUAAGCAUGACUUCUAACAAAGCUGUUUAUAAUUGACACUGCUUUAAGUGCAGAUAGCUUGUAAUCUUUUUGUUUAAAAUCCCAGUAAAUCCCUGCAGUUUACUGUACCACAAUAUUGUCACGCUGUAUGCAAAACUCAGGCCGACAUACUGUGUCGGCUAUAAACAAUAUUGUGCUUAUUUCCUAUUUAUAGCUUUUGCCUUAAUAUAUAGUGUAUGGUAGGAUUGUGUGUAUGUAUUAAAGAUGUGGUCAGACUUUUUAUUCCAGGUAAAUUCGAGACCCACACUCUGUAGUCUCCAGAGAAGGUGUCCUCAUUUCUUGUAAGAGGAGAAGUUGCUCACACUACCCACAACAGUUGAAAGCAUCUGAUCUGUGUCGCUGUCCCGACACCGUUAGUUGUGUAGAACACAAGUUAGGGCCUCGUCUGGACUGCUGUCCAGAACCUAACCCAGAUCAGAGCCUAACCCAGCCUAGAGGUGUCUUCGGAGGGAGAGCAAAGGAAUCUAGUUUUGGGUAGGAAGUCCAGCAGUGUUUGUGCACAAGCCCUUCAGUAAGGAGGGUGUUUAUUGAAAGGCUCCAAGGAUCUCGUCACACUUAGCAGUGUCCCAGUCUUCAGUCCGUGGCAUGUGCAGCUGAAGUGUUUGUAGAAAGUUAGGAGGCAGAUGUGCCCCAUUGGAUGCCAUAAUCCAACGGUAAGACCAGAUGGGGUAAGUUUCUAAACACCCUAUUAUUUGGUUUAUUUCACAAUUUUUAAUAGAUACUUUUUCAGUAACGUGUAGAAAAUGGAAAGCUGAAAGAAGGGAAUUCCCUGGCCAAAUAGGAGCAGCUAACUUCUAGACAGGGAAUAUUUUACAUACUGUGCUGUCAGUGGUAACUAAGUCAUGCAGUGCAGAUGACCCCGGAGAGGGAAGCAAGGACUGCAAGGGCUUAGGUGAAAGAUGAGCAGCAGCAUUCCUACACAAGUCUGGAGGAGAGUUCAUGGUUGAGCAAGUGGAGAAAAGUGGAGGCAGGAAGAAACUUCUCACACAGCAGCUUCGAUACCCUUGUGUGGAAGUAGCAGUGGCACCACCAGAACUGACUUGCUGCUUCCCACUUAGCAAGUCUGGGUUUACAGGUGUGAAUGACUCCUGGGUGGUGAUGUGCUUUGCUAGCUCUACCUGUGUGUGCCUAUGUGUCUCUAAGUUUUAUUUCUACAGCUGAGAAAACUGUUACAAACAGAAGGCAAUUUGGUAUAUUUCCCCUCACCUAUCCCCAGUCCCAAGAUGAGUGUCAUAUAAUGAAAUGUCACUUGUUAUUUCAGUUGUUACAGCGUUUAAGGUGAUACCAUUUGCUUGAAUCAUUUUUUUGUUGAUGACUUUGCUUCACUAGUUCAGGAUUCUGCCGUGACAAAACUUCUUACAGUGUAAAGAUCUUACAGAAGAUGAAUUUUGUAACUUAGGUGCCACAGGCAGCCUGGUUAUCUACAGCAUAUUGUUACCUGGUUCUGAAACUUGAAGUGACUUGAGUUCUGUGUGGGCAUGUCUUUUUUGGAUUAGAUACUGGUACAUCUAAGUACUCCUAAGCAAAUAAUCAACCGUUAUUGCCUUCCAACACACGAGCAGCAUCUGUUGUGCUGGUACAAAAUGUUUGGUUGAAAUAUAUGUUAAUAUAUAUUGAAAUUAGUUAUAAUAAUUGGGUUGUCAAGGCAUCUCUGAGAUGAUUAAUGUUAAGCAUAAGAAAGCUCAGUUUACUUGGAUAAUUUGGUGCCUUUCUAUGCUGUGACUGCAUUGCAGAAAAAGCCUUUGGGAAACGGGAGAAGGGAAGGGGGGAAAAAACCUUCUGAACAUCAUAUUGUUUCUAAUGUGAGGAGCGAUAGAGAACAGUUGUUAAAGUGGUUGUAUUAAACAUGUGAACAGUCCUCAGCCUCGGAAGAAAAGCGAAUCUUGUUGGAAAAAGCCUGUUGCCACAUUGGAAUCGGAAUUGCAAGUUAAUGUGGUUGCCUAAAAGCUGGUUAAUUGUUUCAUAAAUGUACUUUCUUUUGACUGACUUGAAAUGGCUGCUAAAUGCGCUUUGUCUCAUUUUUCGUUGUUCUCAUGUGAAACUUUUUUUUUUUUGAUUGCAAAAUGCAAUGGGUUAAUAUGAUGGGGCCUCCUCUGUGUGCGUGCCUAAGAUAGUAAGUUAUUGUGGCAUUAGCAUUUGCUUUGCCCAGCAGUUUAAUUUCUGUACUGGUUGGCUGUAAUCCUCUUUUUGUAGUGACUGAAUUCAUGGGGUUAAGAGAACCCUGCAGCCAGUGAGAAAGGAGCCCCUUGUGAGCUGCAUGCCCGUCUGCCUUUGCUCCUAAAGGUAGUUUGCAAAAUUUAAGUCGCCCUACCUCUAGUCGUGGAUUUAGUCGUGUCCAGGUCUCAAGAAGCGAGGUCUGUUUCAGCUUGGGUAACUGGUGGCAGAGGGUGGCAGUGAAUUCAGCCAGCAGCCACUUGAGAUAAUACUUGACUUGGUCUCUUCUCUCCCAGGGCUAAGGAUGAAAGGCUGAGACUUCUUUGGGUCAACUCAGUUGCUGAAUAUUACAUUUUUCUGUGGUAUUGCAAGAGGGAAAGGUUUUAAAAUUUGGCCUUUUAUUCAUUGGAAGUCAUUUUUUGCCAUAUCUUGGAUAGUGAGAAUUGCUUGGAUAAAAAGAUUAUAGUAUGGGGAUUUGUGGGGAGGCUGUUUGCUUGUUUUGAGUUUUCACCUUAGACUGCAAUUAGAGAUGUUGAACUUUGUGCUUUCUGAAGGAAGCUCUUCCCAUGCUCCUUAGAGAUACGUUUUUGUCUGUCUGUAAGCGUCAGAACCACCGCUGCAACGUUCUCUAUGGGUGAACUCUGAAAGAAAGACUUCAGACUUGCACCCUAAAGAAUCUGUGAAAACAGGAUGUUUCCGGCCCUGGAGAGACUUCAUUCCCUCGCUGCAGGAUCUGAAGAUAAGAGGAUUUUCAGCCUCCUUACAGAGAGGGGAGAAAAAUAAAUAUACAAGUCACUUCAAGAACUUUGAAAGGCUACUUAAAGCAUCUAACUCCUUGGCAAACCCCAAGGACCUACAUUUUCAAAGCGAAAAAGAAAAAAAUGGAGAAAAACAUUGUUACCGCUCCCAGUCUGGCGCUUUUCUUGUUGAAGGGUUUCCGAGUA